AUGUCAAAGGCACCUAAUUCAUCAAGGUUCAUUGAAUCAUGGAUCGCAAAAACUGAAAAAGAAACACGUAAAGACGAUUUUGAUGAUCUAGAUCAAGACAUGCUAAAGGCCAUUGAAUUGAGCAAACAAACUCAUCGAGAAGAACAAACGCGACUAUUUGCUAUGUUUAGUGAUCAAUCUCGAUCAACAUCAAAAGUCUCAUUUCCCAAACGUCGACAGCAAAAAUCUUUGUUUGAUGACGAAGACAAUGAAAAUAAGAUCAAUGACAAUGUUCAAUCUCGAUCAGUGUCAAAAGCUGCGGAUUCAAACCGAAAACAAUUCAUUCCAGUGCGGGAAAGCAUAGAGGAAUUGAUCCAAACGCAUACGACACUGCCUGACAAAUCUUCUGAUAAAUCUCGCCAAAAACACAUUGUCAUCGAAUGUGAAUUCAGUGGCAAUGACAGAAAAAAAAUGAAUGAUAAAAACGACAAAGGAGAGGAAAUUGUGAUUGAAGAUGUAUCGACUUGGUUGGAAGAACUUCAUUCCGAAACGCCAUCCCAUUCAAAAGAGCUUAUUAACUCCAGUCCGCCUUCAUCUCUGAUUGGUAAUUACAAAGACGAUCCACCUGUUGUACACACCAGGACAUCUUAUGAUUCAAUGGCAUCUAGUAUGCCUUCUUCUCUUUUUGGUGGCGACGAAUAUCACAAAGAUCGUCACACAAAUAAAUCAUCAGACAAGGCCCUGAAUCAACUGUCAUCAAGCCCCCCGGAUUAUUUUAAACAAACAGAAUGCAUUGAUGAGAAACACCCGGAAGAUUAUCACAACCAAUUCGGUCAGGGUUCAUUUUCCGAUAAAUUUAACAAGGCAAAUGACAACCAUGUCGAUGCACAAAAUAAGGAUCAUUUGGAUAAUUUCGGUUGGUGCUCUGAUAACUUUGAUCAAAUUGAGCGUACCAAUUCAAAAUUAUCAGGAGAUAGUUUGGAUCGUCAGUCUCUGAGCCCUCUCUCAGAUCAAUUCGUCCAAGAAAAGUGCCAAGAUCGCACAGACAUACCAGAUUAUAACCUAAAUAACUAUUCUUGGAGUCCUAAUUCAGGGAUCUUUGGCCAAAUAGAGAACACACAUAUCCAAGUAUCCAAACCAAAUUUACAGCAGCUUUCAUCCAGUCCGCCUUCAGAUUUAUUUGGCCAAAUAGACCAAGCCAGUAAAGACCAGCGAGUAAAGGGACAGGAUAAACCCUUCUGGAGUCCAAUAUUAGAUCGACAUGAUCAUUUGGAUCUCGCACAUACUGAGAAAUCAAAACCAAAUUUACGGCAGCUUUCAUCCAGUCCACCUUCAGAUUUAUUUGGCCAAAUAAACCAAGCCGGUAAGGACCAGCGAGAAAAGGGACAGGAUAAACCCUCCUGUAGUCCCAUAUCAGACCGACGUGACUAUUUGGAUCUCGCACAUACUGAGGAAUCAAAGACAACUUUACGGCAGCUUUCAUCCAGUCCACCUUCAGAUUUAUUUGGCCAGAUAAACUAUGGCAGUGAAGAUAAACCAAAAGACAAACAGGGUGAACCGUCCUGGAGUCCGUCUUUAAAUGCAUACGAUGGUUUCGAUGACCCACACGCCGAGGAAACAAACCCUACUUUACGCCAGCUGUCUUCGAGUCCUCCUUCGGAUUUAUUUGGCCAGACAAAUUGUGCUAGUACCGAACACCCAAGUUAUACUCCAAGGCAAUUGUCUUCGAGUCCUCCUUCGGAUUUAUUUGGUCAGAUAGAUUACAAAAGUACUGGGCCAGAAGAUGCAAGACAGUUUUCUAGCAGCCCGCCUUUAGAUUCAUCUCAUCCCACAGGACACAACGACACAGACAACUCUAAUGAAGAUUUUGAUGAAAUUACAUCUAUUCCCAACUCAUCUACCUCUGACCACAAACCAACGACUGAAAAGGCUGUACCUUUUGGUUUCCGCAGUUCAUCUCGACCUAUUCGGAUUAAAAAGAAUCCUGAAAUUCCUGAAAUUCCGUUCUCUGCAAGAAAACGAUCCCACGCUACAUCUCCAGAGACACCAAACUACUUUGAACAGCGCUCCAGUCCUUCUGUGCUGGUUAAUUCUGACGAGAAUAGUCCAUUGCAGCCAAAGGAGAAAUCAAAUCAAAAGCAUAAAAUAAUCAAUCCUUUCAAAUUAGACCCCGUAAAACAACGCCGACUACAGUCAGACCCACCUACUUCACACAAUACUGAAGAUGUUGUUGGUGAUUUCUUGAGUUCCUGGCUAACCCAAGGAAAAACAAGUAAUGCUCCAGCAUCAGUAGUUCCUGUAUUUUCAAAGUGCCCUCUGUGUUUCCAUUCAUUUCCGGACGAGGUACUGCAGAUACAUGCGUCAGGCUGCAGAGGAGGCUUUACUGACACAAACGACGAGCACGAUCAGCCACAGAGAACUCCCAGGAACCCACGCACGUCCAAUGGAAACCCCCGUUCACGGAGUAAUACAUCACGCCAAGAGGAUGAUGAAACCGCACUAGACAAUCCUAGUACCUCUACGUCUCACUCUCACCGAGGAAGAACACUAGUGCGUCAAAAUCGAACGAUUGCUCGUAGUGUAGCCCGGCAAGACAGACACAGACACAAACCAAAUCGAAACGAGACAUCUCUUCCGGCGGUAAAUUAUUACGCAGAAGACGAUGUAUUAGAGGGUGUAGAAGAUGGAGGCUUUGGAGGAAGUUUGCAUGGAAUUGCGUGGGAAUCAAUGGGACACACUAGUUACAACUAA